AUGAGUAAAAAUUAUCAAUUGAUCAAACGAGGGGAAAUCGAACCUUAUUUUGAUGGUUUACAAUCCCGUAAAAGAUAUGCAAAGUUUUGGGAUGGAGUUAAAUAUGAUCCCGAAGUUAUAAAGUUUCAGAGUACUCAAUUAUCGAGUUACGAUGAUGUGAUGAUUCGUAUUUAUACUUAUAUAAGAACCGGUGCUUCCAUAAUGGGUCCUUUAGAUACUUGUAAAA